AUGGCGUCGUCGGAUCGCAAACUAAUUGUUAUAUCUGGAUUCGGGCCUUUUUUGGGCCACGAAACCGUCAAUGCUAGCUGGGAGGCAGUGCAGCUUCUUCCCGAGAACCUCACCCACAAUGGAGUGGAGUACGAACUGGUUAAGAAGUUGGUUCCGGUGGAGUAUGGAGCCGUAGAUGAGGCAGUGUCCGAGAUUUGGGACCUCCAGCCAGAUCUGGUCAUACAUGUAGGCGUGUCGGGUCUGGCAAAGUGCGUUUAUGUGGAGAAGUUGGCCUAUAACCACAAGUUCAAACGGCCAGACAACUCCGGACAAUAUUUGUCCAACGGCAGCUGCCAGCUCCCCCAUCAUGGCAAAGCCAAUGUUCUGCGCUGUGGCCUUGAUGUUGAUAAGAUUGUGGCGGCUGUAAAUGCAACAUGUGAUGCUUGUGUGGCGCCCGCGGAUUCUAAUCAGGCCCCAAAUGAUAAAUCUAAACCCCCCAGCGCCACAAAGGUCUCGAAGAAUGUGGGAGACUUUCUUUGCGGCUAUAUCUACCUGAAAUCUCUGGAUGUGGACACCAAGAGGAGUCUGUUUGUCCACGUCCCGCCUAUAGAUAAGCCAUUUAGCUCGGAAAAAACUGCAGAAAUUGUCUUUAAAAUAGUCGAACAAUGCAUUCAACAGGUGGUCGCCUGUGAAUGCUAAUUAUGAUCGUAAUUGUGCAUUUUACCUGUCAUUUCAAUAGUAUUUUUUUACAAAGCUGUUUUUAAUUCUCAAUGUUAAGUGUCUUUACCAAAAAUAUAUAUUUUUGUAAUUUUUAUGUUUUAA